AUGUCUAUUGAUAUACCUACAAUUGAUCAAGCUUUGAUGAUGGUUAAGGAUAAGGUUCCUAAUUUAAAUGGUGAUAACUACAAAUCCUGGAGAGAGGCUAUCCUUAUUCAUUUAGGGUGCAUUGAUCUUGACUAUGCUCUUCGUAAGGAAGAGCCACCUACACCUACAGAUACUAGCUCUCAAGCUGAGAUUGCUUUGUCUGAACGGUGGGAGCGAUCUAACCAUUUAAGCAUGAUGUUUAUUAAAUCUCACAUUACGACUAGUAUCCGUGGGUCGAUACCGGAGUGUGAAAAUGUCAAGGAUCUGAUAGAUGCAAUUCAUGCACAAUUUGAAACAUCAGACAAGGCAUUAGGUAGCAUCCUAAUGAGUAGAUUGACAUCUAUGAAGUUCACUGAUUAUGAAAAUGAGGGACAUUGCUGCUCAGUUGAGAUCUCUUUAGAUGGUGAUUAA